GUUACGUUAGUGCAAUGGCUGAAGAAAACGUAAUCAUUGGUAAUGAAGAUAUGGAUGAUAAUGAUGCUGAAGAAAACGUAAUCAUCGGCAAUGAAGAUAUGGAUGAAUAUGAUGUCUGGAUGGAUCCCGUUGGUGGAAAAAAUUGUGAUUGAGAGAGAAAGAAGAGCGAAAUGGAAGAAAUUAUAUGCGAAAGAAGAAUCAUCUGAUAAGGAACCUGAUUUCGAUUUUCGAACUAGUGAUGUUGAUGAAUUACUUCAGUAUGAGCGGGAACAACUUUCGAAGAAGAAUCUGGAAACCUCAGUCGUUCAAUUUAUAAGAAAUCGUGAGCUCGGCUUGAAAAAACCCCGCACAAUUUCGUUGAACAGAUUUCUCAAAACUCGAAAAUAUUGGGCGAACUCAGUUAAAAAAUGUGAUACAAGUUUUUGUUUUGAAUGUAUACAUGCGGAAGAUCCUAAUCACACUAAAGUAAAAUGUUUCGGAAAUAGACUUUGUGAACAUCUUGAAUUAUGUAAAGGUAUAGACAAAUUCGAAGGAGAUGUACAUGAGAAUAUGCUACGACAUGACUUGGAAACGUUGAAGAGUUUACGAGAGUACAUGAAUGGUCGACGAGAGGACCAGGAGCGGAAGUCCCUCAGCCCGACACAUCGCCCCUAGUCUUCCAGGAGUGACCAUCCCCUGACCCCCACCUCCGCAUCCCCAA